CCCCUUUGCACUGGAAAAGCUUCGCCUGUGAUGAUAGGUUUGAGCGUAACUUGCUUGGCAGGUACGAGGAGUAAGACGAACGACGGGGAAUUCUUUCACGAGGGUCUGUUGACGUAUUAGUUCCGCUCUUUGACCCAGUUGUUGGUUGGAACUCGGCGUCUUUGUCUGAAGAGCAGGGCGUUAAGUCGUAGGAUUUGUUCGUUUGGGAGCCGAUGUUGGGUUGUCUAUGUCAGAGAUCGGCAACAUUGAGCCGACGUUUGGCUAGGGGCAGGCCCAUUUCGAGGCUGAGCGCGAUGAGAAAACGUACAUCCUUGACUGCGAUUGUAUCGUGUUUUGUUAAUAAGUACGAUGAACCCACGUGUGUGGUGCCUUGUCGAAAUUUUGAAGGUUAUCUCCUACUUUUGUCUCUGCUUCUGUUUCUUUGUUUUUUUGCAAUAAAUCUAAAAGCAAAUAAUUCUGAGAACAAAGAACGACGUAUAUGAAGCUUCCUGCUUUCAUACACAGAUCGAUCACAUCACUAAUAAAGGCAGUCGCAACUAACAAGCUCGCAUCAGAUCAGCUUCCGCUUGCACCAACAGGAAGUUGCUCGACCAGCCACUUUCCCAAACCGUGCUAUUCGACUUGUCUUGUGAGACCUCCUCAUCAUCGAACUCUCUCUUUCCAGCCUCUUAAGACACCGAAUUUCUUUUUCUUUACUUUCGGUCCCUUUUCUUCUCCUCUCUCUUUUUGGAUUCUCGACCUUUUUUCUCCCUGCUCUCCCUGCUCUCCCUUGGAUAAUACGUCACUCGAAGAGGAGAGUUUGGGUCUAGCUCCAGGUGGCUUUACACUAUUUACGCGCUGUAUCGUGUCUCCGACGACAGUCAGCAAGGCAUCGAUCACUUCUUACUCCUCCCAAACUCGAGAAACGAAAUCGAAGCAUUGUUAACUUUUAAACUGAGACACUCGAAACAAUGGCGGGAUCAAAUGAUCUGGAGGCCAACAACAGGAUGUCGCGUGGGUCUGAGGCUGUCGACAAUGGAUUCUCAGAAAAGCCUCUAAACCAGGGAACAGGUUCGAGAAUACACGCGUCCGUCUACAUAAUGUAUGUGAACUCUAGAUGUGGAUAAGUUCUAUAUGUGCGGGGAUGUCUAACAUGAUGUUUGAACAGAACAUGGAUUUUCUUUUCCAACACCACGAUUCUCUUCAACAAGUGGCUAAUUGACACUGCUGGAUUCCGAUAUCGUGAGUAUUCUACUUGUUCAUGCAUAGUGCAUCAUGACGUGAAACUAACAAGCUACCAGCUAUCAUCCUCACAACAUGGCAUCUUGUUUUUGCAACAAUAGCAACGCAACUGCUUGCUCGCACUACUACUCUUCUCGAUUCACGCCAUUCACUCCCAAUCACUCGACGACUCUACAUACGGACCAUUCUCCCUAUCGGCGUCCUCUACUCCGCCUCACUCGUCUUUUCCAACAUCGUGUACCUCUACCUGUCUGUUGCUUUUAUUCAGAUGCUCAAAUCUACCGGCCCUGUCUGCACUCUCGUGGCUUCGUGGGUGUGGGGUGUUGCUCAGCCGGAUAGUAAGACAUUUGGCAACAUCAUGCUCAUUGUUGCUGGUGUCGCCAUUUCCAGUUUUGGAGAGAUCGAGUUCUCCUGGUGGGGUUUUAUCUUUCAGAUGUGUGGCACCAUUGCCGAAGCCGUGCGUGUUGUCAUGAUUCAGGUCAUGCUCAGUGCCGAGGGUCUCCGUAUGGAUCCUCUUGUCGGCCUCUACUAUUACGCACCUGUUUGUACCCUUAUGAACAUGGUCGUUGUCUUGUUCAGUGAAGGCCCCCGAUUUAAGUGGGAAGAUGCAGCUCAAGCCGGUUAUGGCGUACUGCUUGCCAAUGCUUGCCUUGCAUUCUUCUUGAAUGUCAUCAGUGUCUUCCUUGUAAGCCAGAAUCCAAUCCCCCGCGAUUCACUUUCACUGCUAACUCCUGUUCAGAUCGGUAAAACAUCAGGACUUGUCAUGACUCUGAGUGGCAUUCUUAAGAGCAUCCUUCUCGUGGCUGCUUCUGUUGUGCUUUGGGGUACUCACAUCUCCCUUACACAAACACUGGGAUACGCCGUUGCCCUUAUGGGUCUUGUUCUAUAUUCGAUCGGUUACGAACAACUCCUCAACAUGUGGGAAGAAGCGGUUGCAUGGGGUACCGGUACCCUAAAUCGAGAGGGCGAGAUGUCUCCUACUUUACGCAAAGCCAUCAUGAUUGGAUGUUUGGGUUUCAUCACCGUGAUAAUUGCUGGCGCGUUAUGGCAUUAUCACGGGCUAUCUAGCGAGCAUGUAACUCGGGUGACCUCGUCCUGGUUUGCCCAUUGAUGACGAUUUCACUUAGGCACUAUAUAUAGACUUUUAAUAAUGAUCAAACGUUUCAAUGAACUUAUGUAUCCCAUCUGUCGUAGAGCUGUGAUGCUAAACUGGUCGAAGAGCCCUGCUAUGAUGGUAUCAAUUCAUGCUUAAAGGGGUAUCUUAUUAAACCACCUAACCCAUGGCAAACGAACUUCCAGCUAUAUGGCUAGACCUCCAAUACUCCUGAAAACUGCCAAAAGUGUAAUUGUUAUGAGGUGAAAACCAACUCAUUAUCAACGGCGGCUUCUACUUCCCCGCCUUUCUCGUCGAGGAGAUAGACUACGCUCUCGCCUGUUCCUCCUAUCCCUCGAUCGUUCUCUUUCACGAUCCCUUUCACGAUCACGUCGAUCCGUAUCGCGAUCUCUGUCCCUGUCUCUUCGGUCUCGGUCCCUAUCACGAUCUCUGUCCCUAUCUCGCUCGCGAUAGCUAUCUCCACCCCUCAGCUUAUCACGAUCACCUCUAUCUCUGUCUCUGUCUCUUUCUCUUUCCCGGUCUCGAUCUUUUGUUGCAUCACGUUGUCGGCUGCGGCUCCUGGAACGACUUCUCCUCCGCUCCUCACGACCUCCAGGCGUGUAUCUGUCAAUAUCGUCCUGAAUCCGGCGGCGGCGUAUGUCAGGAGAUAUUUCACCACUGCUUUUUUUAUCGUCGAGUCCAGGGAUUGGGAGGCCUUUAUUCCUGGCGUCCUUCUGAGCCGCCAGAUAAGCCUUGGCUUCUUUUUCCCGCUUUCUGACUUCUUCCAUCUUCCACUCCUCAAGGCCAUCCUGAGCUUUGCUGGAGCUCGGUCGUGCGGCGGUGGCGGUGGCUCGUGAGGGAGAGCGACUACGACGCUCAUUUGGUUUUUCCUUUUCCCGUUCUUUCUCGGGGGCCGCUUUUUCCUGUUCCUUCUCGCGAGGCUUUGCUUGAUCACGGUCGUUACCAGGCCUUUCUCGGCUUCUGCGUCUCAGAGGAGAUCUCUCGCGGCCGCGCUCUCGGUCACGAGGUCGGUCUCUGUCUCGUUCACGGUCUCUUUCUCGAGGAUCAUAAUGAUCAGCUCCACCAAGGCGAGUGUCGUGAGACCUGCUCUGAUCACGUCGAGUACGGGAACGGCUCCUAUCCCGUCUAUCAGAGCGCAGUCGUGAGCGGUCCCUUCUGUCUCUGCUUCGAUCUCGGCGCUCGGGUCUAGGUCUAGAUUGGCUUCUCUCUCUUCGCUCGACCACUCUAGGUCGAGAACGGCUACGAUCACGCCUUCGGGAUCUGCUUCGCUCGUAGUGGUCAUACUUGGGUCGUGAUCGGCUUCUAACAGCACGGUCCUCUCUGCCAGUUCGUGAACGAGUCCUCUCCCUUCUAGCUCGAGACCGGCUUCUGUCACGUCUGUCCCGAACACGCGAACCACUGAUGCCUCUGCGUGGGGAGUUUGAGCGUCUAUCGCGACGAGAAUCUCGUUCCCUUAAGCGAUCACGUUCUCUAUCUCUCUCGCGAUCCCCAUCGCGGUCGACGAUCCGAGAAGCACUACGACUCGGCUCUCGAUCGUCCGCGUCAGGUCUCUUGGCCUGUGCAGGUGUUCCAGGGCCAUCCCGUUCAGCUCCGAGCCCUGCAUCGCUGGUUUUGCGGCCCUCUGCAAUCGACGAACGUUCUCGCCUGAUCGGGUUGAUAGCCGAAACGGGCCCCGUUUUGCGUGGCGGCGGUGCGAGGGAAGAAUCAAUCUCCAACUCUUGCUUUUGGGCUGGCUUGGAGCUUUCGCGGAGCAGAUCGGCCAGAGCCUCUUGCUCCAGUCGGUCGUGUUCUUCUUUGGAGAGCUUCUCUUUCAGCUCUGUAGAGACCGCUGGUUUCUCCUUGUGGCGAUCAUCCCUAUGUCGGUCAUGAUCACGAUGACGAUCCCGGUCGCGAUCUCGGUCUCGGUCCCUAUCCCGAUCGCGGUCCCUGUCCCUGUCCCUGUCCCUGUCUCUAUCUCUAUCCCUUGUGUCACGGUCUCGGUCCCUAUCACGCUCGCGCUCUUUGUGUCGCUUUUCUCUUUCAAUAUCUCGGAGUCUUUCACGUUCCUCGCGCUCUUGUUCGCGCUUUCGACGACGCUCAUCUCUUUCUUCCUGGCGUUUGAUUUCAGCUUUCUCUCGCUCUCGCUCUUCCUUCUUUCGUUCCUCUUUGAGGAUCCUCCGUUUCUCCUCCUCGAUUGCAGCCUCUUUUUGUCGCAGUUCUUCCCGAACUUUUUCACGCUCCGCACGUCGAGCCUCAGUCUCAGCCUCAUAUUCUUCGUCUGUUUUGGCGCCUCGAAGCUUUUCUGCCUCAGCUGCUUCCUCGCCGACUUCGGCCCGGCGUGUUUCGCGGAUUCGCUCCUCUAUGGCGCCCACAUCGAUCAGCUGGCUAAUGACAUCUUCAGCUUUGUGAUAAACCCCAGAUCUCUCUAGAGCGCCAUCGAUUAGAGCUGCAGCCUUUCUCCGGUCAAGUGUGAGAAGCUGCUGUGGGUUGCGCUCAAUUUCCUGCUCGGCCACCUCGAGAAUCGAUUUUGUGACCUGCGCCUCGUAAUCCUAAUUAUGCAUUAGUAUGGCAUUGCGCAUGUGUUCCUAUCUCAUCAUACGCUGGCUUCAAACUUGUCCCAAACUUGUUUUCGAAUAGAAUCGUAGGCUCCCUCCUUCUUGAAGCUAUGGGCAAGCGAUUCUAUUGCUGCUCUUGUCGCGGAAGGUAGAGGAAGAUCUGAGGCCUUGAAUUUGCGCGGUUCAGGAGCAGGCGCUUUUUCGCCAUUCAACGGUGGUUGUUCGACACCUGAUUGCGCCAUGAUGUUGGUGGUAUCUGCUGAGGCGCAAGAUAUUGAAAAGGAGAUGUGACAGCGCGCGUCGUGCGAGCGCGGAGAUGAAUCUUGAAGAUCAGCGCAUAGCGCAAUUUGCCAAUCAAGUAUUGAUGAGCCUUAAAGCUAAAGGGGGGGGCAAUCUUCGAGAACAAAGAAUUAAGUUG